AUGGCAGUGAUCCUCGAGAAAGGAGUCAUCCCUCCUAACGCGCUUCUUCAGAAGACUAAUACAGCACUUAAAGCAGACUCAUACAACAUUACGGUACCAACGAAAAGCAUCAAGUGGCCUACCGAAGGCCUUCGCCGAGUAUCUCUCAACUCUUUCGGGUUCGGCGGUUCAAACUCGCAUGUUAUUAUUGACGAUGCACUUCACUACUUAAAGGAUCGAAGUCUGAGUGGUGUCCAUAACACGAGCCUCACCCCAAGGCCUGUAACAAACGGUUCAGGUGUCACCAUCAAUGGAAAUGGCGCGGCUCAAACCAAUGGCACCAACGAGACUAACGGCGUAGCAAAUGGCCAUCCGGAUGUCGAGCUGCCCAAGCUUCUCGUAUGGACCGCUGCCGACGAAAAGGCAGCCAAGCGCACUAUCGAAGCUUACCACAGUUUUUACAAAGAGAAGGUAUGGGGAAAUCAUAAGAAGCUCGACUAUUUGGCAUCUACUCUCGGUACACGCCGUAGUAACAUGCUUUGGAGAGUUUCUACUGUGGUUGACGGAUUGACAGCGCAAGCACUGUCGAAUUCGAAGCCAAUUCGAAGCUCAGAGGACCUUGGCCUGGCUUUUGUGUUCACCGGUCAAGGCGCGCAAUACAUCAACAUGGGCUUGGGUCUGGAGCAAUAUCCUGUUUACAGGGAGACCCUGGAGAACAUCAACGAGAUCUACUCCAGCUUCGGGUGCUCUUGGAGCUUAUUUAGUAAGUAA